AUGGCUGCGGGCCGGGCGCUGCUGCCCGCGGCGCUGCUGGCGCUGGCGCUGAGCCCGGGAGCCGCGGCCGCGCUGCCGUGCGGCGCUCACUGCCCGGCGGGUACCUUCGUAAAGAGCGCCGACUGCGCACGGGGAGCGGGCGCGCCGUGCCAGCCCUGCCCGGCCGGCACCUUCUCCAGCGCGGCGGGAAGCGGCGGCUGCAGGAUGUGUCGGCGGUGCGAAGCACCGUUUCGGUAUUUGAAAAGUUGCUCCUCGACAAGUGACGCUGAAUGCACGUGCAAGGAAGGUUAUCGCUGCGGCAAUGAUCGCUGCACCUUCUGCACCCGAAGCUGUGGCGUGGGUCAGGAGAGCACCAGCAAAGGUUGCCAGCCUUGCCGCUAUGGAACCUUUAAUGAUCAGCCCAAUGGCUCCUGUAAAAACUGGACCAUGUGCACUGGAAACCAAAUCCUGGUGCCCGGAACUCCAGCAAAAGAUGUCAUUUGCAAACAUGCUUCAGUUAAUUCCACUUUAGUCACUACUCUACCUACAACAUCUCUUGACAUUCCAUUUUAUAUCACUGUGCCAGGGAAGGAUGUCCAGGCAGACACAAUCAGGAUUUCUCUUGCUGUGGCUGGGCUGUCGUGCUUAAUGUUCCUGCUGCCUUUGUGCAUCUGCUUCAGUGUCUGGCAGAAAAAGAAACUACAUGCUGUCUUCAAGAAAAUGCACACACCUGAACAGUCAGUUCAGGAAGAUGAUGCCUGCAGCUGCCACUUCCCUGAGGAAGAACAAGGUGAAUAUCAGAAUCCUGGCAAAUCCACAGAAUUGAGAGAUCUCCUGGUGAACUAGAAAUUGAAUUGUCCGAGUCAGCCACAUUUGAAUUUUCUUUUGGAGCACAGAACAAGAAUCUGUUUAUGUAAAUAGAGUAAGUGCCAGCACCUGAGUGUUAGGGUAGUAAAUAGCCUAGCCACUGGGGAAAAGGUAUUCUUUUAAUAUUUCUUUAAAAAAGUAAUAAAAAACCCUCAAAACAGUUUGCUGAUUUUCUUCCUCUAUGAGUAAGGACAUUUCUGAGAAGUGGUUCUUGAUUUACAUGUAGAAAGAAAUACUGCAUUUAAAAGCUCUAACAGAAGUGCAAAAUAGUUUUCUGGUCCAUCAUCAAUGUUAUCUGAGCCAUAAUUUACAUGCAUUCCAAAAGGAUCUGAAGCUAAAAAGGAGAUCACAUUGUGGAGUCACUGGUGACACUCAUGAUCUCUUAAUAUCAGCCAUCCUCUUGAGUCUGGAGUCAAAGAUCCUCCCAAAGUCUGGCUCAAACCCAGCAGUCCUGGGCUUUGUGUGCAAAUACAGAUGGAGCUCAUUUGAUCCUGUCAGCCCUGGAAACAGAUCCCUCACCCCUGCCAUGUCCUUACAUGCAGGGAAAAGAAGCCAUGAAAAUGUUGAGCUGCAAAGGCUCCACAGCAGCAUCUGCUGUUGUGUUGGCUGGAGGGAGGCAGUGGAAACACUGAGAGAAGCUGUGGUUGACUUGAACUUAGAAGUAGCUGUAACUUUGCAGCUGGACUGCACCACCCUCAGCCCUACAUCAUUCAGCUUUGAUCUUCUGGGUGACGUAAACUUGAUGUACAUUGCAGCUGUAAGUGUGAUAUCUUUGUGGUACUAUUUUUGGAACUGAGGUUGGAAAGGUUUUAACAUCAGACACUGUAUCUGUCUCUCUGAUCAAAUAUCUGUUAACUUUGGUCGUAAGAAAAAAGAAAUUACAUGUUUGAGUCAGGACAUUCGCAGCACCAUUUUUAACCAUUCACAAACCUCACAUAUUUUAUUAUUCAGUAAAUGUUACUCAAAAAAUAGAAUGAAAACCCACCAGUAUGUGGGUUAAAGGUGAUUUUCCCCUCUCUGAUUUCAAUGCAAAAGAAAAGUAUUUUGCAUUUGAACAAUGACAAGCCAUCUCUUCAUUCAGCAGGUUACAACAGCAGAUUCUUUUCACCAAGCCACACUUACACAUUUUGAUACAUUUAUGUACAAGUAAAUAUAAAAUAGUAAGUUUUAUAUAGUGAGAAAAUAAGUGCCAUAAAAAGCCUGAAUUGUGAAGUUCUUAUUUUUAUCCCUAGCUCAAGUCUUCUCUCUGUUGGUACUUGCAACCAUUACAUCAAAAUUGCAAACUUGAAGGCAUGAACAGGACACAUGAAAAGCCACCAAACUAUUUAUAAAGCUAUUUAUAAAUCAGAGAGUGACCUUUGCAUCAUUGACUAUAUCUUAGAACAAGAUAGAAAGAAUAUUUCUGCCUGUCAUUAAUUUAUAGCCCAAACAUAAGGUAGAGAAUUAAUGUACACACCCUGUAACUCAAAACAUCUGAUGUUUUCUCCUUGGAAAAAGAGAUAAUAACUGGAAUUUUACAUGUUGCUGGCAAAUUCUGCAUAUAUUUUGAAAUAUAUUUUGAAAUGCUUCAAACAAAGUGCAAACCCCUUAUUCUUCUUGUCCAUUCACCUGAAGCAGAAAUCUGUUUAGUGACCACUGAGUACACAUUUCCACCAAAACUGGAGUUCUGGACUGUUUCAGGGAAUAGCCAUUCACAAAAGAAAGUAUAUUCUGAAUAAAAUGUUAGAAACAACCUUCCUUUCAAUCAAAGAAAUAUGUGGAUAAUCUUACCUGUGACUUCUGUUAUUUGAGAGCACCGAGGCCUGAAUUAAUGAUGAACAGACUUUGCUGGCACACACAUCUGUUGUCCAAUGUGUGCAGGUGAUACAGCUCCGUGUCACAGCAAUGCACUGUCCCCAGCCAGCUCUGGUGACCUCAGCUCCUCUGCUGCCUCCCCCUCCCACUGUCCCUGGGCUGACACUGAGGGGAUGGAGGGACAGCUCUGAGCCAGCAGGGCCAGGUCAGGCACCACGUCAGCACCAGCAGGGACAAUUCUUCCCCCUCCAAGAGUGGAGAAAUGGCAGCAAAAGCAUUUGCAGAAAAACCAAGCUCAGUGAAGUGGCUACACAGCUCUGAUUUGAACAAUGGAGCUCUGGGGGUUAUUUGUCUCUGGUUUUUGUUGUUUUCAGGCUGGGGGAGCUCUCCUCCCCACAUGGCCUGUUUCCCAAAUAUUACAUGGAGCAGGUCAGGACAAAGGCAGGAUCAACAGGAAGCAUCUGCCAGCAUGGUUUUUUUGUUCUCUAUAGUGAAAACCCCUUUGUGGGUAAAACACCUUCUCUUUUGUAUAUUUUUGCUAUUAAUACAGCUGUUGUUAUUGUGUGUGUCAUUCCACUGCUUUCUGGGCUAGGAAAUUGCUGUUUCAAACCAUAAUCUCUCCUUUGCUGUCUCUCCUUCACUGGAAGGGGUAGAGGAAAGAAGAAUGGCUUAUUUGGAGUUUAGCUCCUUCCAAGCUCCAGGAGUCUGAAGCCUUUCAGGACUUAAAAGGAAGUCAUAAAGAAGAGGGAGGGGAACUUUGUACACUGACAGGACGAAGGAGAAUGGUUUUAAACUAGAAGAAAUUUCAAUUAGGUGUUAAGAAAGAAAGAAAUUCUUUACUUAGAAGAGUGGUGAGACCCUGAGAGAGUUUGCCCAGAGAAGCUGGGUUUGCCCCAUCCCUGGAAUUGCUCAAGGUUAGACAGGACAUGGAACAUCCUGAUCUAUUGGUAAGAUCCCUGCCCAUGGCAGGGGAGUAGAACCAGAUGAUCUUUAAGGUCCCUUCCAGCCCAAAUAAUAUUUUAAUUCUAUGGUAACUCUGAGUUUUAAGUGUUCUCUGCUUUCUGUGCAUGUCUCUUUUUUGACAGUCAUUUAAUUUAUU